AUGUACAUACACAGAAAUACACACGCACAGACACAUGUACAUACAUACACAGACACAUGUACACACAGACACAUGUACGUACAUAUACACAAACACACAGACACAUACAUGUACAAACACGCAGACACAUGUAAAGAUACACACAUGUACAUACACACAGACACAUGUACAUGCAUACACAGACAUACACAAACACACACACAUGUACACACACACGCACACCCCCAGAAAAAGUUGCAGUACCUCGUUGUUCACUCACAGAGCCAGGUACUGCACUCUAGGGGGAGGCAGAGAGCACACACUCCUUCAUUGGCUUUCACUGCGGUCAGCUAUUGAGCAGUCUGACGGCUCCCACUGCCAGUGACAGAUCCGGCCUGAGCUCCGAGCCUGCUCAGCAAGAUGGCCCUAGGGGACACACUCGCCCCCACCAUAAUUUCUACUCGCCAUUGGCGAGCAGGCGAGUGGAAAUUUCAAGCCCUGCUCUAGUAGAUGUCCUCU